UAUAUGGAGUUAUGUUUUGAAACUGCUGAUGAGAGUAUUGCAUUGACGCUACAGGUGAGCAACAGUGACAAUCAAAGUCCAGGAUACGUUAAACAGGAUGCACUAAGUAUUGAAUUGGCUGAGCAGCAAAUUCUGCUUCUUGCACGGCAACAAGCACAAAGGGAAGAAGAAUUGGGUCAGUCAGAGAGGCAUAUCUUGGCGCUUCAACAAGAAAUUGAAGAUCUUGAGCGUGAAAACCGUCUUCAUGAUCAACAGGAAGCAAUGUCGAAGGCCGAGCUUCGGAAUAUGGAGAGAUCACAAAAGCGAGAAGGAAUAGAUAUGACAUACCUAAAAAAUGUGAUCUUAAAGCUUCUUGAAACAGGUAUCCGGAACUUCUUAUUGCUUAUUUUGCUGUUGAUUGAGAGAUGA